AUGGAUACUUCCGCAAGGCAGUGGGUAUUAAUUUGUUCAUUUCUCAAACUGCCGGCUGGUUUUGAGAUUGAUGAGACCUCGGUUACUUUAGUAGACCUCAAAUCUUCAGAAUUUCAACAAGUGCAAGCAAAUAUAAAAGCGACCGAUGUUGUGUUAAAACAUUUACUACGGAAUGGAGAUCAAUUUAUCAUACUAGAACAUUACUUUCAAGACAGUUGGCUGCGAUGGGGAUUAGUAAAGGUACCCAAUCAGGAGAGUAUCGGUCACGAUAAACCAAAUUAUAAAGAGCAGGUCUCUACACGUUAUGACGUAAAGACUCUUGACGAAUGGUGCGAUCUGAGCAUCGAAGACAUACUUCCGUAUUGGAAAGAAGACAGACAGAAAAUUCCUGAUGGUGACAUGCCAGAACAAUUACCUCUGGUUAUGAAACCUCCGGGCUUUAGUUAUGGUAAAGAGAUGGUGAUUGAUGAACAUGGUAGUGGAUCAUUUAUUCACCGUCAAGAACUGGAUCCGAGUUCAUAUCUUCAACAGAAAUAUUAUGAAAUGUUAUACUCCCUCAACGAUCCGCUGGCACAUUUUGUUAAAUCGAAACUUUCACGACUCAAAGUUCUAUGUAAACGGCAUGGGAAAGCGUAUCAAACCGUACUGAAGUCUUCUCUCGUAGAUCAAUCAACUUUUGAACAAAGACAUCACCUAGAGCACUGCGGUCUGCUAAAAUAUGAGAGCAUCCCUGAUGAAUGCAAAGACUUCCGAGUUAGAAGCAUACGUGAUACUCUUGGGGUGGAUAUUGAAAGGAUGCAGAACUUAAACGAUGUCAUAUCAGACAUCUCAAACAUACUGAAGGUUAGGGAUAUAAAACUGCAGAUUAUGAUUCUUUUGGAAUUACUAACAGAAGGAAAGUUGGAUUCUACGAUUAAACAAUACGAAACAAACCACGCAAACAAACUUAAUGAAGGGUCUUUUAAUAUGAUGACAACCAUGACACGAUUUUCAAGAAGACGAAAUAAAGGAAAGUCUAGCAAGUCCGUAAAACAACUUAAAGUAAUCGAUUAUUGUCAAAAUUUAGAUAUCCUUUUGGAUAAGUUAGGAAUAGCCGAGGCCUUGAUAUCUACCGAAAUAUCAUUGCAUUCUGAACAGCCGCCAAUAAACAAAUUAAUUCAUGAAUACAAACAAGGAAUAGUCAAUAAAAAUAAAGAAAUAUCUUCCAAAGGUUUUCUCAGUUACGUCGUUGUUCCAUAUUGGUAUAAGAAACUGCCUUUUGUUGUCACUUUCAUAACGAAUAAAAUCAAGGGACCUACUAUGGAAAAAAAACCCAUGACAAAUGCGCAGCAAACUAAUUCUAACAGAUCAAGAGCUGGAUCAAUAUCUUCAGUCAGCGAUGGAAAGCGCUCUUCGCCACAAAUGCCUCCAUUAUUAAGAACUAGAACGAACUCAAACCUUGUAGAGUUUUUGGAGGAGGAAACAACAAAGAAGAAACCCAAAAUGGCGUCAAGGUCGUCGUCGGAUUUGAAACUGAAUCGCCUUCAAAAAAGACAAAUGUCUGUGCAAGAUCUUUCUUUAGACGAUAUUGUCAAGCAAAGACAACAAAUAUUGGAGGAGUUCAGCACUGUUAGAACUGUUUUGGUAAACGGAAAAGCUAUCAAUAUCUCUCAAUCUCAUAAUAACUCUUUCCAACGAGUUGGUAAACGUAAACUUGCUAGCUAUAUCUCAGAAACCGGAUUUGAUGAUAAACAGCAGGAUAUACAUGUUACAGCAACUCCGAUCAAACCUAUAGAGGAAAAGAAGGACACCCCAGUGUUGGUGGCUUCCCCUUCAGUUGUUUCAGAAACACCAGUUAGGGCAUCGCCAGUAAAGGUUAAAACCAGGCACGUCCGUAGGAGAUUAUUUGCGCCGUAG